CUUGUUUUUCGAAAAAGCAUAGCUCAAACGCGUUUGAGACUUUAAACUAGAAGCAUUCAAUUGUUGAAUAGGUUACUUUUAAUAUGGAUAAAUUUGAAGUCGCAGAUACAGAAUAUGGAAAAGUUCAAGGAAUUAGAAAGAUUUCAGCAUUAAAUACUGAAUAUAUAAGUUUUCAAGGCAUUCCUUAUAUGAAGGCACCGUUAGGAAAAUUAAGAUUUCAUGAUCCACAAAUCCCUGACAAGUGGACGAAUGUUUUUGAUGCUGCCGAAGACAUUCCAAGCUAUUACACUCGAAAUCUUGUCACAUUUGAGUUUGAAGGUCAAGAGAAUGCAGGAAUUAUCAAUGUUUUCACAAAAAACUUAAAACCCAAUAAGCUUUAUCCGGUCAUGGUUUGGAUUCAUGGAGGUGGUUUUAGAUUUGGAAGCUCAAAAACUGACAUAUAUGGACCAGAUUAUUUACUCGAAAAAGAUGUAAUUGUUGUUUCAUUCAACUAUAGACUUGGAGUUUUUGGAUUUCUAAGUCUUGAAGAUGAGUCCCUUAAUAUUCCUGGAAAUGCAGGCUUAAGAGAUCAAAUACUAGCUUUGCAAUGGGUGAAAAAUAAUAUCGAAUAUUUUGGCGGUGAUCCUAAAAAUAUCACUUUGUUUGGGGAAAGUGCUGGAGCAGGUAGUGUCCACUACUUAUCAUUAUUUGAACAAACGAAGGGGUUAUUUCAUCGAGCUAUUCUUAUGUCUGGAACAUCCUUUUCUAAACGUUGGGCUAUUGUUCCAAGAGAACUGUCAAGAAGAUUUACAGAUGAUUUAGCCAGAAAACUUGGCUGGACUGGUCAGUUUGGAGAUGAAAAAGAUUUAUUAGAGUACCUUGAAGGUUGUUCAACUCAUGAAAUUAUGGAAGCUACAGAAACUGUUGUAAGCAACGACGAUGAUUUUGCUAAAGGAAGCUGUAACGCUUUCAUACCAAUUAUUGAGCCUUACAAAUCUUCAAACAGUCUUAUUGAAAGAAAUCCCAUUGAUAUGGCAAAAGAUGCUUGGACUAAGGAUAUUGAUAUGAUUUUCUCUAUAACAGCAUUAGAAGGUUCAGUCCGAGCAGUCGCAAAAGAAGAGGUUGCGUAUUAUUAUCUAGAAGAUUCAGCAUAUUUCGCACCUUUGGUAGAUCUAGGCAUAGAUCACACUGAUCCAAUUGCUAAAGAGUAUGGUGAAAGAAUCAAGCACAUUUACUAUAAGGAAAACGAGAAGCCAUGUACUGAAAAUCAAUAUCCAUACCUACUUUAUCAAUCUGAUUCUAUGCUUUUACACCCAAUUUAUUGUACAAUACAAUCAAGGCUUACAUAUUCCAAUGAGAAAACAUUUUUAUUGCGUUUUGAUGCCAAUGGAACUCACAACUUGUUUAAACGAGUAUUCAAAUGCUCAAAAUAUAAUGUUGCAGUUCACGGCGAUGACAUUUUCUACCUAUUCAAAUCAGAAUUUCUAGGCGUUCCACCAGAGGACUCUAAAGAGAUCACUGUCAUCCAAAAAAUGGUUGGAAUAUUCACAAGCUUCGCUACAACUGGAGAUCCGAAUUGUGAAGAAAUUGAUCCAGUGAAAUUCAAUUUCCAAACGAAUGCUGAUGAAUUGAAAUGUCUACAAAUAACUGAAGAUGAUGUGUCAGAAAUUGACUUGCCAGAAUUGUCUAGAGUUUUAGAAUAUUUCCUGCUUUUAUGGAUCAUUGCAGCUGUUAAAUCUGAAAUUAAUGUAGAUGUUGACGAAUUGAAAGCUAAUGAGUUUGUUGAGCAAAUCAUGGAAAUUCAAGCAUAUUGUGAAGAAAAGGAAAAUGUGACAGAAGAUUUUGAUUUUUCAUCUGACGAUGCUUUUCCUGAAACUUAUGAAUGGAAGUGCAUGUUAGAGUGUGUUGCAGCAAAUAUUGGAGUCUUUCGGAACCAUAAAUUCUACCCGAAAGGAUUCACGAUGAUGGUUAUGAAGCUCUUCCCAGAUCAAGACAUAACGCUUCAACCUGUUGUAAAAUUGAUUUCAUCGCAGUGUAGAACAAAGAACUUAAACGACCGAUGUGAAGCUGCAUAUGAGUUUUUGACCUGUCUUGAGAAGGCUGUUGAUGUCUCAAUUUCUAAUUUGAUAGAAUGACAACUUUAGUAAGG